AUGACUGAAGCCUAUCCGACAAUUGCGCAAUGCGCCGUUGUUGCUGCUGCUUUCAAGGUUCUCCUGUUUCCCGCCAAGUCAACCGACUUCGAAGUCCACCGAAACUGGCUGGCAAUCACAAAUAGCCUGCCGCCAUGGGAAUGGUACUAUGAGAAGACCUCAGAAUGGACACUUGACUAUCCGCCCUUUUUCGCCCACUUCGAAUGGAUCCUGUCGCAGGUCGCCAAGCUGGCCGACCCAGCCAUGCUCCGCGUCUACAACCUCGAGUAUGACAGCUGGCAAACCACCUACUUCCAAAGACUCACCGUCAUCGCAACCGAGCUGGUGCUCGUUUACGCCCUGCAGUUGUUCAUCGAGUCCUCGCACGGAGCCACGAGACGUGCUGCUCAGGCCGCUGCCAUCUCGGUGCUGCUCUCGCCCGGCCUCCUGAUCAUUGACCACAUCCAUUUCCAGUAUAAUGGCGCCAUGUACGGCAUACUGAUCCUAUCCCUGGUCUUGGCACGCCAGAGAGGCGGCCUAUUAGCAAGUGGUCUGGUCUUUGCCGCGCUCUUGUGCAUGAAGCACAUCUAUCUCUACCUCGCGCCGGCUUACUUUGUCUACCUGCUCAGGACUUAUUGCCUGUCGCCCAAGUCCAUCUUCCGCAUCCAAUUCCUCAACUGUCUGAAGCUGGCCUCCGGCAUUGUCGCCAUAUUCGGGUUAGCCUUUGGACCUUUUGCCGCCAAGGGCCAGAUUCCCCAGAUGUUGAGCAGAUUGUUCCCCUUCUCGCGCGGUCUGUGUCAUGCCUACUGGGCACCAAACCUUUGGGCCCUGUAUUCCUUCGCAGACAGGAUCAUGAUAUCCGUCGCUCCACGCCUAGGCUUGCCCAUCAAGAUGGAAGCUGUCAACAGUGUCACGCGAGGACUCGUAGGAGACACGGCAUUUGCAGUCCUGCCCGAGGUGACGCCCAGGAUGUGUUUCGCCCUGACGCUGCUCUUCCAGGCCAUACCCCUGGUCAAGCUGUUCGUCCGGCCCAGCUGGGAUACCUUCAUCGGGUCGGUGACACUCUGCGGCUACGCGUCAUUUCUUUUCGGAUGGCAUGUCCACGAAAAGGCCAUCCUGCUGGUCAUCAUACCCUUCAGUCUGAUUGCCCUCAAGGACCGACGCCAUCUCAGUGCUUUCCGCCCCCUGGCGGUGUCUGGCCACGUCUCGCUGUUUCCGCUGCUGUUCACACCGGCCGAGUUCCCCAUCAAGAUAGUAUACACCAUAUUCUGGCUGAUCCUGUUCCUGAUGGUAUUCGACCGCAUGGCCCCCGCGUCGAACUGGCCGCGCUUCUUCUUAUUUGACCGUUUCGCCAUCUUGUACAUCACGGUCAGCAUACCGCUCAUCCUAUACUGCUCUCUGCUGCACCAGGUGAUAUUCGGGAAGAGUUACGAGUUUCUCCCUCUCAUGUUCAUGAGCUCGUACUCGGCCGUAGGGGUGGUCGGCAGCUGGAUCGGCUUCAUGGUGGUUUACUUUACGUCGUAG